GGCUUCGGCUAUGUCGCAACAGCUUCCGCAUCCACGCCGCGAAAACAACGCUCAGAGCAAUAACCGCGACAAUGGCCAAAAAACUGUCUCCUUCUGUUUUCACAAAAGCCGUCCUGCGGUCCUUCAUGCUCGACUCAGGUCUUGAGCCGACAUUGGUAGGAGCAAACCGAUUUCGUCUGACUGGCGCCACGAAUGGGCAGGUCAGUUUCGAGCUCGACAUCCACAAGGACCAUACCAAUCGUCUUGGUACAAUCCAUGGCGGUACCUUGGCCAGCUUGGUUGACUUUGGAGGAUCCCUCGCUGUUGCAUCGACGGGACGGUUCUUGACUGGCGUUUCUACUGAUUUAAACAUUACAUAUUUAAGCCCUGGUGGCAAGCCUGGAGAUUUGCUCAAGGGCACUGCUACUUGUGAGAAAAUUGGCAAGACCUUGGCCUAUACCAGCGUAGUUUUCCACAACAGCAAAGGACAGCUUGCAGCUAGAGGAAGCCACACCAAAUAUGUCGCUGGCGCAGAAGGCCCUGAUGGGCUGUUUGCGCCACCUGAAGGAACCAAGGUGGACGAUUUAGAUUAGGAGCCCCUUUUAGAGUCUUCAAGUUAAAUAAUUAUAGA